CUCGCGGGUCCUGAGGGGAGGAGGAGAGCCAGGGGCCGGGCACUGAGCUCUUUGGCGCCCCCACCCCCGUUUUCGGAGCCCUCCACGCUGCGGCCGCUGUCCCCUCCGGACCAUGGCCGACGACGACGUGCUGUUCGAGGAUGUGUACGAGCUGUGCGAGGUGAUCGGCAAGGGUCCCUUCAGUGUUGUACGACGAUGUAUCAACAGAGAAACUGGGCAGCAGUUUGCUGUAAAAAUUGUUGAUGUAGCCAAGUUCACAUCAAGUCCAGGGUUAAGUACAGAAGAUCUAAAGCGGGAAGCCAGUAUCUGUCAUAUGCUGAAACAUCCCCACAUUGUAGAGUUAUUGGAGACAUAUAGCUCAGAUGGAAUGCUUUACAUGGUUUUUGAAUUUAUGGAUGGCGCAGAUCUGUGUUUUGAAAUCGUAAAGCGCGCUGACGCUGGCUUUGUAUACAGUGAAGCUGUAGCCAGUCACUACAUGAGACAGAUACUGGAAGCUCUACGCUAUUGUCAUGAUAAUAACAUAAUUCACAGGGAUGUGAAGCCCCACUGUGUUCUCCUCGCCUCAAAGGAAAACUCAGCACCUGUUAAACUUGGGGGCUUUGGGGUAGCUAUUCAGUUAGGGGAGUCUGGACUUGUAGCUGGAGGACGCGUUGGAACACCUCAUUUUAUGGCCCCAGAAGUUGUCAAAAGAGAGCCUUAUGGAAAACCUGUAGAUGUCUGGGGUUGUGGCGUGAUCCUUUUUAUCCUGCUAAGUGGUUGCUUGCCUUUUUAUGGAACCAAGGAAAGAUUGUUUGAAGGCAUUAUUAAAGGAAAAUAUAAGAUGAAUCCAAGGCAGUGGAGCCAUAUCUCUGAAAGUGCCAAAGACCUAGUCCGUCGCAUGUUGAUGCUGGAUCCAGCUGAAAGGAUCACCGUGUAUGAAGCACUGAAUCACCCAUGGCUUAAGGAGCGGGAUCGUUAUGCCUACAAGAUUCAUCUUCCAGAAACAGUAGAGCAACUGAGGAAAUUCAAUGCAAGGAGGAAACUAAAGGGUGCAGUACUAGCAGCUGUGUCAAGUCACAAAUUCAACUCGUUCUAUGGUGACCCCCCCGAAGAGUUGCCAGAUUUUUCCGAAGACCCUACCUCCUCAGGAGCAGUCUCACAGGUGCUGGACAGCCUGGAAGAAAUUCACGCACUUACAGACUGCAGUGAAAAGGACUUAGAUUUUCUACACAGUGUUUUCCAGGAUCAGCAUCUUCACACACUACUAGAUCUGUAUGACAAAAUUAACACAAAGUCUUCACCACAAAUCAGGAAUCCUCCGAGUGAUGCAGUACAGAGAGCCAAAGAGGUAUUGGAAGAAAUUUCAUGUUACCCCGAGAAUAAUGACGCAAAGGAACUAAAGCGUAUUUUAACACAACCUCAUUUCAUGGCCUUACUUCAGACUCACGACGUAGUGGCACAUGAAGUUUACAGCGAUGAGGCGUUGAGGGUCACACCUCCUCCCACCUCUCCCUAUUUAAAUGGUGAUUCUCCAGAAAGCGCGAACGGAGAUAUGGAUAUGGAGAAUGUGACCAGAGUCCGCCUGGUCCAGUUCCAGAAGAACACAGAUGAGCCCAUGGGAAUAACUUUAAAAAUGAAUGAGCUAAAUCACUGUAUUGUCGCAAGAAUUAUGCACGGGGGCAUGAUUCACAGGCAAGGUACACUUCACGUUGGUGAUGAAAUUCGAGAGAUUAAUGGCAUCAGUGUGGCUAACCAAACAGUCGAACAGCUGCAAAAAAUGCUUCGGGAAAUGCGGGGGAGUAUCACCUUCAAGAUCGUGCCAAGUUACCGCACUCAGUCAUCGUCCUGUGAGAGAGAUUCCCCCUCCACUUCCAGACAGUCCCCAGCUAAUGGUCAUAGCAGCACUAACAAUUCUGUUUCGGACUUGCCAUCAACUACCCAACCAAAAGGACGACAGAUCUAUGUAAGAGCACAAUUUGAAUAUGAUCCAGCCAAGGAUGACCUCAUCCCCUGCAAAGAAGCUGGCAUUCGAUUCAGAGUUGGCGACAUUAUCCAGAUUAUUAGUAAGGAUGAUCACAACUGGUGGCAGGGUAAACUGGAAAACUCCAAAAAUGGAACCGCAGGUCUCAUUCCUUCUCCUGAACUUCAGGAAUGGCGAGUUGCUUGCAUCGCCAUGGAGAAAACCAAACAGGAGCAGCAGGCCAGCUGUACCUGGUUCGGCAAGAAAAAGAAGCAGUACAAAGAUAAAUACUUGGCAAAGCACAAUGCAGUGUUCGAUCAAUUAGAUCUCGUUACAUAUGAAGAAGUAGUAAAACUGCCAGCAUUCAAAAGGAAAACACUAGUCUUAUUAGGUGCACACGGUGUUGGGAGAAGACACAUAAAAAACACUCUCAUCACAAAGCACCCAGACCGGUUUGCGUACCCUAUUCCACAUACAACCAGACCUCCAAAGAAAGAUGAAGAAAAUGGAAAGAAUUAUUACUUUGUAUCUCAUGACCAAAUGAUGCAAGACAUCUCUAAUAACGAGUACUUGGAGUAUGGCAGCCAUGAGGAUGCGAUGUAUGGGACAAAACUGGAGACCAUCCGGAAGAUCCAUGAGCAAGGCCUGAUUGCAAUACUGGACGUGGAGCCUCAGGCACUGAAGGUCCUGAGGACUGCAGAGUUCGCUCCUUUUGUUGUUUUUAUUGCUGCACCGACUAUCACUCCGGGUUUAAAUGAGGACGAAUCUCUUCAGCGUCUGCAGAAGGAGUCUGACAUCUUACAGAGAACAUACGCACACUACUUCGAUCUCACAAUUAUCAACAAUGAAAUUGAUGAGACAAUCAGACACCUGGAGGAAGCCGUGGAGCUCGUGUGCACGGCCCCACAGUGGGUCCCGGUCUCCUGGGUCUAUUAGGCCUCUCCCGAGAGGCCUGCCGUGACCCCGGGAGCCACCUCAUUCAUGGAAAAGCCUCUUUGUUACCGGCCGUGUGUCAGCAGGUCAUGGUCCCUAGAGACUACCUAGUUGUAGUGUGACCUCCAUUUAUAAUUAUUGUCAUGUCCGAAUAGAUAGGAGGAGAAAACAAUUACACACUCAUUUAAAGAGACAGUAUCUUUUUUAAUCAGUUCUCCUAAACUUUAAUAAAAUGUAUCUUUAAAUGUA